AUGAUUGUGGCGCCUUUUCUCUUCAUUGUGAUUAGUUUACUAUUGUUUGGCGGUUUAAGUCAACCCCUUCGGCGUCCCUAGUUUUUGCUAGUCUUCUUUCCGUAAAAUUUGCUGUGGUUUGGUUUGUUUAUUUUACCAAAACUCCUCGUAGGUACCGAACUUGCUGAUAUGGCUGAUGAUGCAGUAGUUGAGAAGAAGCGUGGCCGCAAGGCCGUAGUUGAUGAUGGACCAGCUAAGAAGAAGGAAAAGAAGGAGGUGAAAGAAAGUGGAGCCACUCCUGCGAAGAGAGGGCGGGGCAGACCAAAGGGCACUGGCAAGAAAGCUGCAGGAAAACCUAAGGCAAAGUCCACUCCUGGAAAGGGACGUGGAAAGGCAAAAAAGACUGAGAAGAAAGCUGAUUCAGCAGAAGAAGAGGAGGAAGAAAACGAUGAAGAGAACUAAAUCUGUGCUAAUGAAUGUUAAAGAAAGAACUGCCUUUAUGUAAAUAUGUAGGUUUUAUAUAUAAAGUAAAUAUUUUGUAUGUAUUUCACAUACAAAUCUCAAAAUCUACAUAGAUAGUGUCAUAUGAAAGUGCCACUGAAAUUUACCUAAUUUUAAAUUAUAAUUAAGACAAAUUUUUAGAUUGUUGACAUCUUUAACAUGUUUAAAAACUGAGUACAUGUUCAUUGUUUCACAAAUCCGUUAAGAAAGUUUUUGUGUAUUACAAUUAGUUAUUUACUUAUAAACCUAUUUUCAGUAUAUUAAGUAUUUCAUGCUAUAGAUUAAACAUUGUAAUGGUUUUUCAUCAAUCAAUUUUGUCAUAGGUACAAUAGUUCUGUAGUAUUCUGUUAGCCCAAUAAGUGAUACUACUGUCUACCAUAUCUAGCAUUUAUUCUUUGCUGGCUACAUCAAGUAAUAUGUUUUGAAAACUUUUAAACUUAUUGUUUAUAUUAUAAAGAACAAAUACACUUUUUAUACAAGUA